AUGCCAAGACCCUCUAGCACAGUCCAGAUGGAUAUCCCGACCUCAGAUGCCCAAUUGGCCCGCAGCAUGCCUCUGGUGUCACCUGCGUUUCAUGCCUCGACUGCUUCGCUUGCUGCUUGGGCCUCACAACGAGCAUCUAGACAGUCCCGCUGCUCCAACGAAGCCGUCGACAAGUCCUCCAUCCCUUGGCACUGCUCGGAGCUUUCCAGCUGGGCAAUCCCACCAAGCCGACGACGACGGCAACCCCUGCGCCUCCGUACCGACUCGAUCAACGAAAGUCGUACCCCGGAAAGUAGCCCCGUCUGCUAA